GGCAGAUUUCCCUCUCCUUCUCUCGCUUCCCGGCACCCCUCUCUCUCUCAAAUGACGGUCUCUCAGAUUAUCUUCUCUCUCCAAAAUCUUCAUCGCUUGAGCCUUACGCGUAGAUACACGCAUCUUCCACCAGAUCUGGGGACAUGAGCCAUGGCGGGGAGACUGUCGAGCCGAAUGAAGGAAGAAGAACGAAUUGAAAGGAUCAUCCGCGAUCUCUUGAAGCUUCCCGAGAAUCGGCGGUGUAUCAAUUGUAACAGUUUGGGGCCGCAAUAUGUGUGCACGACUUUCUGGACAUUUGUUUGCACCACCUGUAGCGGUGUGCAUCGAGAAUUCACCCACCGAGUAAAAUCAGUGUCAAUGGCUAAAUUUAAUGCAGAGGAAGUCAGUGCCCUUCAAGCUGGGGGAAAUGAGAGAGCACGACAAAUUUAUUUCAAAGAGUGGGAUCCACAACGAAAUCCACUUCCAGAUGGAAGUAACCAAAAUAGACUUCGGGAUUUUAUUAAGAAUGUCUAUGCGGAUAGAAAAUUUACUGGUGAAAGGAGUGUGAGCAAGCUUGCAAUGGUGAAAGCAGGUGCCAGGGAGAGCUCCACAGGCAGGUCUUCUUUUGAGAGAUUAAAUCCUGGAGCAUGGAAUGAUGAUAGAAGUUCAAGACGUUACAUUGAUGACGAAAGAAGUCCUCGAUACAAACCAGAUAAUUUAAGGAGCAGCAGUCACAGGAGCCGCCCUGCUAACUUUGAGAUAGUUGAUGAUAGGUUUCGAGAUGAUGACUUUGGAAGUGGCAGGCGAUCUGAAACUCGCAGGCCUUCUACUGCAGAGUCAAGGACAGGGAGCAGGUCGCCAGUUACUCAACAAAAAAGGGAGAAGACCAGCACUCUAGUAUUGCGCCCAGUUAGGGAUAUUUUGGGCGAGAAUGCUGUGUCUCUGCAGGUAGGUGAAUCUCCCAAAGCUAAUGAGAGGAGGAAUAAUGAGUGCUCUGCUCGUGGUCAGAAAACAGUAGUUUCUACUGAUCCAGGUUCCAUUUAUGAAAAAUCACCGGAACAUAAGGGAGUAAACUCAUCUUGCUUGAUUGAUUUUGGAACUGAUCCUGAACCUCCCAAUCCUGCAGCAGAGCAACAACUACAACAAACAGCUCUGUCAACUGAUGGUGGCAAUGGGUCCUCCGUUCAGUCUUCAUCAAAUGCUUCAAACCUAAAUUCUUUGGAAUUCAUGUUAUUUGGAUUAUCAACUCCUGCUGCUGGACCUGUAGAUAUCACAUAUGAAGCACCAGGAAAAGCUAAUGCUCCAUUAGCUGCAGCUGUAGUGUCAUCUAAUAUUGAGGGUCCUACUUUAACUGCAUCAACAGCCAAUCCACCACCAGCUGUCAGCAGUGCAACUUCAAUUGUUGAAAUGGCACCAAUUCGGCCUAAUUGUAGCAACAAUUCCUCGGCCACAGUUAGUGAUGGACUGCAGUUGGCAAUUGUACCACAAGUUGAAUCUGAUUUAUCUGCCUCUGGUGAUAGCGGCUUUGCCACUCAACAGCCUACUCCAUCAGUUGGAUAUGAUCAGUCCUGGACUUUGUCACUAGCACCAAUUGCUUAUGGUUCUUCAAAUGCUUCCGCUGAAGAAUCAUCUCAGGCCAGCUCUAAAAUGUCUGAAGCUACCACCAGUGGAAUUGGGUCACAAGAACUUCCAGCGGAAACAAACUCUAGUGGGAGGACGGAACUUCCAGUGGACAUUUUCACUUCAAGCUAUUCACCGUUUUCAGCAACAGUUCCAAGUUGGCAAAUUCCUGCCCCUUACAGAGUGGGAUUUAACAUGCAACACCAUCCUGCUGCUAUGCCUGCCCCAGCUUUUCCCAGUUCAGGAAAGUCAAGGAAUCCAUUUGAUCUUAACGAUCAAGGCCCAGAAGCUCAAGCUCAAGCUCCAGUGUUUCCUUCCAUGUGGCCUCUACAAGGACCACUACCAAAUUUCUCGGCUCCUGCCACUUCACCAUUCACAUCCAGUACCUAUUCCGCCCGGUUGAUGCAGCAUCAGGUAACGCCUUACACAUCUAUGGCAUAUCCAAAUAUGCCUUCUUAUGGAAUCCCUCCUACCCCAGUUUCAGGGGCAAUGGUAGGGCAACAAUUACCCAGUAAUGUGCCAUUAGCCAGGCAACAAGAAGCUGAUACUUCCAGCAAAGUUGAAGAUGCUUUCGCCUCCUUGAACCCAAUUCAGCAGCACAGCAGCAGCAGAUACUCAACACCAACCCCUCCAAAUUCUUUCCCAUCAGCUGGAGGAAAUCCGUUUGGAUAAUUAACUGCCAGAUUAAUGCAAAUCAUAAUUAAUCUUCCAUAGUUGGGCACCCCUCACCCUCAUAGCAGCCUGCACAUUGCACACUCUCAAGGAUGAAUCUUAGAGCCCUCCCAAUAAAUUGGUCGAUCUCCUAGAUCUUUCUGGCUCACAAAAUGGAUUGUUAAGGAGCGUGCUGGGUACCCAUGUCGGCGACCUCUCAACACCACCUUGUUUUCUGCAAAAAGUUUUGUUAUAGACGAAAUGAAGUUAAUGUUUCUCAGGAAAGAUUGUUUCCUAGGAACUGUAUAUUUUGUUUUGUCCUUUGGCAACUGUUGGAAAUACCCAAUAAG